AUGGCUGCUGCUGCCGCUGCUGCUGCUGCUGCUCUUGCACUACUACCCCCGCUGCCAACCAUUGCUGGCCCCAAGCUAGAGGCCUUCACAGAGGACAUCGAGAACCAUGACUACACGUUACUCGAAUACCUCGGUUCAGGAGUUCACUCUGCUGUAUUCAGAGUACAGAUCGACAAUAAUACAUUUGUUGUCAAGUUCUUCAAAACCUACUGGCUCGAUGUGCCAACAUUCGAAAUGUACCCUUUCGAUGAGCAUUAUAUGAUGGAUCAGACACAAAACUUCGAUCCUAAUGUGGACGACCCUCAGCCCCAAGCCGUAAUGGAUGCUUUAAGGGAUCAAACGACACCCUUCUACAACGAGUGCCGCGUAUACGGCAGACUCAAGGAACUUGGCCGCGAGGAUCUUGCUAUAAAAUCGCACGGCUAUCUGCGUGUUUACCUGACAACCAAGUUCCAACAACAGUGGGACGACGCAAUCAAACUGUUCCAUCCCAACAGUCCAGCCGGUCAGCACAGGUGCGAGUUAUUGAGACUACUCGAACAUCCUGACAUGUCAGUGCCCGUAUAUGCCAUCGUCAAAGACUGGAUUCAGGACCAUCGUACCGAUGGGAUUCCCCCUACCAACCAGGAGAAGGCGAGGCAGAUCAAGCAUAUCCCCAAGAUGCUACGCAACUUGCACAAUCUUCACAAAUGCGGCAUUGUAGUCCGUGACCUGAAAGAGCAGCAGUACUAUGACGGCCAAAUUGGCGACUUUAGUCAUGCUUGGACGGUCCCUCACCUCCUUGCUCCAGGCAACGGCAUCCGACCUGACUGGGCAUGGAAGAGUAUGGCGGCGUGGGAUCUACAUUGCUUCCAGAGGGAUAUCAUUAAUCAGUGGACACGAACUGCGCUGAGUAGUCAUCCGCCGCUCAAGCCUCCCACUGUCACGGCAUGGCGAAACGGUCAGCAUCGGUAUGGGCUUCGAAGUCGGGAUGUCGUGCAAGGGCCACAGCUUCCUCUUCUAAAGUACGACGAUACGAACGACUUCGAGAUGAAUUACGAUCCUCCGUUUGACCCGUCUAGUUUUAACUGGAAGGCACUUGAGGCCAGAAAAGCAGCGCAGGCGGUUGUUGCUGGAAGGGUUGAUUAA